AUGACGGUGCCGAUUCCGUUGAGAUUGGUCUUGACGUCGGCAUCGCUUUGCUUGUUCAACGUGAUACUCUUUCCUGAUUUUUUCUUGCAAGAGGCAAGGCUUACUAAAUCCUUCCUUAUAAUUACCGCUCUUGUGUUUGUCUUGUGGGGGGUCUGGGAAGCUUUCAUAUACCCAAGAUGGGGGAGCCCAUUGAGGGACAUUCCAGCAGUAACGUCGGGUGUCAUUCCCCUUAUCGGAUACCCAACUAUAACAUUUAGGAGACCGGGGGGAGACACUUUCAUCAAAUUCAUGAACGAGAUACCGAAUGAUGGCCUCAUCAUAGUUCCUGGCCUCAUGAACAGCCAGGACAUUCUAUUAUCACACCCAUCGACACUCGCCGAGGUUCUAGUCCACAAAAACUACGAUUUUGAGAAGCCCUCUGAAAUCCGCAACAUAAUCCGGAACGUGCUUGGUGAUGGCUUGAUCGUCGCUGAGGGAGACAAUCAUAAGUUCCAACGAAAGCACCUAAUUCCAGCGUUCAGCUUCGGUCACAUCCGAGACCUAGUCCCGGUCUUCUGGUCUAAGGCCGGUGAUCUGGUUGGUCGACUAUCAGCAGAACUGUAUGAGAAUCCCUCGCCUACAGAUGAAAGCUUCAGCCAUCGGCCAAAGCAUAUUGAAGGAGUGUUGGACAUCAGUCAAUGGUCAAACAAAGUAACGAUGGACAUUAUUGGCGUUGCGGGUCUUGGUCGACAAUUCAACUCGCUAUAUAGCGCUGAAGAUGAGCUGAUCGACAACUACCAAGAAAUCCUUGAGCCGAGCUAUGAGAAGGGCCUUUACUUCGCAGCGGCGACGCUGCUUCCUCGAAGUGUGCUUGCUGCGCUCCCAUGGAAACUCAACCAAAGAUUGGACGAAAAUACUGCCUCGCUGAGAAGGAUAUGUCGGCAGCUUCUUCGAGAUAAGACAGACCUAGCAAAAACGUCGAAGGAGCAGCCGCUUGAUAUCCUCUCUCUCUUGAUCAAAUCAAAUAACUUUUCCGAUGAGAUGCUCGUGGACGAAAUUUUGACGUUUCUAGCAGCCGGUCACGAAACAACCUCCGCAGCCUUGACAUGGGGAUUGCACCUCCUCGCCAAACACCCUGAUGUCCAAACUCGCCUCCGAGACGAAAUUCGAAGUAACCUCCCCUCUCCUUCAACCACUUCCAACUCAAAUAUCGAUAUUGCCGCCGUGCUCGAGUCCCUCCCCUACCUCACCGCAGUGUGCCACGAAAUCCUCCGUCUCUACCCAACCGUCCCCAUCACCAUGCGCGUUGCCAUCCGAGAAACCGCAAUCCUCACCCAACAAAUCCCUAAAGGCACAAAAUUCUACGUCUCGCCGUGGGCAAUCAACCGCUCGCCUCUUCUAUGGGGAGACCAAGCAGCAGAGUUCGUGCCUGAGCGCUGGAUCGACCCCAGCACCGGGAAGGCGAAUAACACUGGUGGUGUGAGGAGCAACUAUAGCAAUCUGACAUUUCUGCAUGGCCCUAGGAGUUGCAUUGGAGAGAAAUUUGCUAGGAGCGAGUUGAGGGUAUUGAUAGCUGUGCUUGUGGGCACGUUCGAAAUGGAGAUGGCGGACAAGGAUGAGGUGCCUAUUGCUGGUGGUGCGAUUACGGCAAAGCCAAUAAAUGGGAUGCGGCUGAGGUUGAAAGGGGUGGAUGGGUGGUGA